UUAGAGCAAGCCGUCGGCACCUCGGCAUGAUUAGAUGGAAGCAUAAUUUCCAUGUGCUGCUUAGGAAGGCAUGGUGCAUACUCUAGCUGAAGAAAUAAAGUAUUAAUGGUUGGUUUAAUUCAGAAAACACAAGUUUGCAGCCAUGGUUUCAGCUAAGUCCAGAGACUAUUCUAUCUCCUCAAACUAUCGAAGGGUAGCCUCUUCUAUUGCAAUUUUGGUCGUGUUACUUACAGUAUGCGUAACCUGGAAUUCUUGUAUUAUAUUGUCACGACCUGAUUAUCGCUUGGUUACUCCAAAGUCUUUUUUUGAGGCUACUCUUGCAGAAGAUUCAAAUUCAGUUGAAUCCCAUGAAGGUGGCCAUGUAAUUAAAUUGGUCCAUGAUGAGGUGUCAGAAGCGGAGGUGGAGGCGGAGGAGGCGGCGUCUACAGAAGUAACUGAACUUGUUCCAAGUCAAACAGAAAGCAGUGAAAGUUCUGAUAGUCAAACUGCAAGCAGUGAAAGUUCUGAUGAUUCAGAUUGGGAUCUGUAUGACGGGCAAUGGUACUAUGAUUCUGUGGGGCCUUUGUACACAAACAACACGUGCCCUAUCCUUAGUCAGAACCAAAAUUGCCAAGGAAAUGGCAGGCCGGACAAAGAGUACGAGAACUGGAGAUGGAAACCAUCGCAUUGUGAACUCCCAAGAUUUAACGCCACCAAAUUUUUGGAGUUGAUGAGUGGGAAAACUAUCACUUUUGUUGGUGAUUCUGUUGCUCGAAACCAGAUGGAGUCUCUUUUGUGCAUACUAUGGCAGGUUGAAGUUCCAGAGAAUCAUGGAAGCCGCCUCAUGCAACGCUGGAUUUUCAAAUCAAAGUCGGUAACAAUACUCCGUUUCUGGUCUGCAUGGCUUGUACAUCACACUACAGAACCUUUCAGCUACGUUCCUGACGGAAUUACCAAGAUCCACCUAGACGUUCCAGAUGAAACCUUCAUGCAACUCGCACCAAAAUCAGACGUGGUCAUCUUCUCCAACGGCCAUUGGUUUCCCAAACGUUCAGUCUAUCUGUUGAACAACGAGAUCGUUGGAACACAGUUGUGGACCCCACCACCAGAAAAUGAUCAGCCAAUGAAAAUAACCACCACUGAAGCAUUUGAACUAUCUACUGAGACUAGCUUAACUGCUUUGGCUACUCAUUCCAACUACACAGGGUUAACCAUAGUAACAUCUUAUUCACCUGAUCACUACGAGAAUGGUGCGUGGAACACCGGUGGAUCAUGCACGGGGAAGGAUAGUCCGUUAAUGCCGGGUCAAGUCGUGGAGCACGAGUACACGAAUAUCAUGCAUGAUAAACAAACUACGGGCUUCUACCGGGCUGUUAAGAACCGGACAAAUAAAUCAAAAUUGAAGUUGAUGGAUAUUACAGAAGCUUUUAAGUACCGUCAUGAUGGUCAUCCGGGUCCAUACCGGAACCUUGACCCGAACAAGAUCACGAAGAGGAGCCCGAAAGGGCAUCCACCUCCACAAGAUUGCUUGCAUUGGUGUAUGCCGGGGCCUGUUGAUACAUGGAAUGAGUUUAUGCUUGAACUUAUCAGAAGAGAGUUUGAAGGUAACCAAAACUCUGCCUUUUAGGGUCCGUAAGUCCGUUUGGUAUCGUUUUUUGUUUCCAUUUUUUUUAAAACUAAAAAUCAAAAUAUGAAAACCACAAAAAGUGGUUUCACGUUUUUUGUUGUCAGUUUUCAAAAUCAACAUAAUUAUUAUAUGUAUGACUAUUUUUUUUAUGAUUCAA